AUGAGCGCUUCUCAAGAUUCCGAAAAUGUCAUAAAGAGUUGGACCACGGACGGGGAGAAGUCGCCUCUUCUCGAGUUAUCAUCCCAGCAGAGAGUAAAAACCUACUCCAAGGUCAAACCUACCUCGGAAUCCGAAGACCUUUCGCUGAACAUUGGAGAGAUCCACUGCGCUGCCGACAGACCUCUAUCGGCCACUGAGGAAGAACCUCCAGACAGCGCAGCGACACCGCUCACCUGGCGUCAGGUGGGACUGCUGGUGUGUGUCUCCGGCAGCAGUCUGCUCGCCGGCAGCUGCGCGUACAUUCAGGUACCGUUCUUCACGCACGAAGCGCAUCGGCGCGGCUUGAGCAAUGCCUCAUCGGGCUCUGUUUACAGCUGUUUCGCGCUCACGCUCUCGUUAGGAUUUUGGGCCAUGGGCUGGCUGGCGUCGCGGUUCGAUGUGACACGGCUCUACCGACUCGGUCUGCUGUUGGCCAGCGUCACCACGGUGGUGUUUGGCCUGCUCGUCUACGUGGAGCGGCCGGAAGCGUUUCUGGGGUGGAGUCUGGCGAUGCGCGUCGCCGAAGCCGUCGGCACAGCCGCUGUACUGACGACGGGGCGAACCAUCAUCAUCAACCAGUUCCCGCAGCGGAUCAACUUGGCCGUCAGCCUGGUGGAGGGUAUGUACGGAGGGGGUCUGUGCCUGGGACCGGCGAUCGGCGGCGUGCUGUACUCGGCUGGCGGCUACGGGGCGCCGUUCUACGUGCUUGGUGCCCUGCUUAUGGGGAACGCCGCCGCCAGCCUGCUCCUGAUGCCGACGGUGACAGACCACUCGGUCGAGCAAGUGGAAGAGGAGGGUGAAGUGUCGCAUCUUCGCGACAGACUCCGUUUGGUGCUCUCUAGCGCGGACACCUGGUUCAUUUUCACGGCCCUCUUUCUCAAUGGGCUGAAUUGGACUGCAGUUGAUUUGAACAUUGAGCCCUACACGCUGCACACGCUCGACAUGCAGCCUGACGAGCUGAGUCUCUUCUUUCUGGGCUCAUUUGCCGGCUAUACGCUCUCCAGCCCGCUGUGGGGCCGACUCUCGGAUUACAUCGACAAUACGUUCCUGUUUGAAGCCUGCUGUUUGGCGCCGACCGCACUGGGUAUUCUGCUCAUCCCUCCGUCGCCGCUGCUCGGUCUCCAGCCGUCCCGUCUGCUGCUCGGCGUGGGGAUGACGCUGCGCGAGGUGUUUCAGAUGGGUGCCUAUGUCCCGCUGCUGCCGCUGGCGGUGCGACUCUCCACUGCGCGAGGUCUGCAGAGCGACGUGCGCGCCCAGGCGCUGGUGACGUCUCUGUGCGGCGCCGCCUACUCGUUCGGUAGUAUGACCGGUCCGAUGGGCGGCGGGCUGGUGACGGACCGCUGGGGCUUCCCGGUGCUGGCCACAGGGCUGGGAGGCGUCACCGUGCUCCUCUGCUUGGCCAUGGCCGUACGUGGAGUGGUGUAUCACGCGGCGCGACGAGCAGCGCCGGCUGCCGCUCCCUGA